UACUUUUGUGAAACGUGAUUUUUCGAAGAAUAUUAGAUACAUUUUUAAUUUUUUUACAUUGUUUCAUUCCGUAAAAAAUAGGAAAAAAAUGUUUCGGCAGGUUAUCCCACGAAUGGUUCAAAAUAUGCCAACAAUUGGCAAAAAACAAUUAUGUACUGCUCCUAAUACGAAAUUAGAAAAAUCUGUAAAUCAAGUCACUCUACUAGGAAGAGUAGGAGGUGAGGCACAAAAAAGGGGUAACGAAGAGCAUCCUGUUGUUAUAUUUUCUCUUGCCACGCACAGCAACUAUAGAUAUACGAAUGGUGAUUUCAUGCAACGGACAGAGUGGCACAGGAUAUGCGUUUUUAAACCAAGUUUACGCGACAACGUUUUAAAUUAUUUGAGAAAAGGACAAAGGAUAUACGUUUCAGGAAAAAUAACUUACGGGGAAUUCAAAGACGAAGAUGGUAAUACAAAGUCAAGUACUAGUAUAAUAGCAGACGAUGUAAUAUUUUUCCAGUCUUAAACUAUCAUUAUGUAAGAAUCUCUUCUCUGUUUUAAUA